AAGAGCCAUGACAAGCAAAGAAACAUACUUGCCUGGAGAUAGCCUUUGCGAUAUUUAAAUGUAUGGGUUAAUUUUUUAUCCACUUUAAUAACCAUUUUAUUCCUCCUUCUACUUCUUUGCUUUCUCUUUCCACUCUGAAGCCGUGGGUACAGAAUCUCUGCAGGCAAGUUGCUCCAGAGCACAUUGCAGGACAAACCUGUAACGAAUAGUUACAUUCACGGCAUCUGGAUUCCUAAUCCUUUUCCGAAAUGGCAGGUGUGAAUGGCUGUAUAAAAUAUUCUAUGUUUACCUUCAACUUCUUGUUCUGGCUAUGUGGUAUCUUGAUCCUAGCAUUAUCAAUAUGGGUACGAGUAGGCAGUGACUCUCAAGGGAUUUUAAAUUCUACAAAUGUGGGCCCUAGCUCCCAUGUUGCUGCGGACAUAUUGAUUGCUGUAGGUGCCAUCAUCAUGAUUAUGGGAUUCCUGGGAUGCUGCGGUGCUAUAAAAGAAAGUCGCUGCAUGCUUCUGUUGUUUUUCAUAGGCUUGCUUCUGAUCCUGCUCCUGCAGGUGGCGGCGAGUAUCCUAGGAGCUCAUAAAUCUUUCAAUUUUCAGUCUGAUCACUUUAUCAAUGAAACCUCUCCAUAAAACACAGAGAUUUUGAGCACCACAGAGGAAAGUGCAAAACAAUUCCAGCAAGCCAUGGUUGAGGUUUCAAAAAGAGCCUUUAUCAAACAGUUUAAAUGCUGCGGUUUGAUCAAUGGAGCUGCUGAUUGGGGAAAUAAUUUUCAACAAGAACCCAAAUUAUGUAAAUGUCUAGAUACGCAGAGACCAUGCACCAACUAUAAUGAAAAACAAGUUUACGAAGAGCCCUGUAUUUCUACCAUAAGAGACUUAUUGGCGAAAAGUUUCAUAAUAGUUAUUGGAAUAGCAUUUGGACUGGCAGUUAUUGAGAUACUGGGUUUGGUGUUUUCUAUGGUCCUGUAUUGCCAGAUCGGGAGCAAAUGAAUCUGUGGAUGUGUCAAGCUAUCACCAGUAAAACCCCUUUAAAAUGUUACUUUGGCUUUGUAAAUUUAAAUAUGUAAGUGCUAUAUAAGUCAGGAGCAGCUGUCUUUUUAAAAUGUCUCAGCUAGCUAGACCACAGAUACCUUCUAGACAUAUUGAACAUAUUUAAGGUUUGAGAUCCCUUAAAUAUAAAUAUAAAAAUGAUAUGAAUGUAUAUUUUUACUCAAAAUAAAAGUAAUUGUUUACGUUGGUG